AUGCGCCAAAAUCUAAGGAUGCGGUUGGUCCUGCUCCUGGGCCUGUGUGUGCUCAUCAGCAGGACACAGGGUCAGUUGAUAGGCGGCGAGGAGGAUGAGGAGGACGAGGAGGAGGAGGAAGAGGAGGAGGAGAGCGUCGAGGAUGAGACUCUGGAGGAGCGAUUGCAGCGCAAGAACAUUAAGCAGGACUCCACACUCAGCGUGGACAAAUUAAUCGCCAAGUAUGGCUACGAGGCGGAGGUGCAUCAUGUGACCACCGAGGAUGGUUACAUACUCACCCUGCAUCGCAUCCGCAAGGAGGGAGCCCAGCCCUUCCUCCUCCAGCACGGACUCGUGGACAGCUCGGCGGGAUUUGUGGUAAUGGGUCCCAAUGUUAGCCUCGCCUAUUUGCUGGCCGACCACAACUACGACAUGUGGCUGGGCAAUGCGCGUGGGAAUCGCUACUCGAGGAAUCACACCACCCUGGAUCCGGACGAGUCCAAGUUCUGGGAUUUUAGUUGGCACGAGAUCGGGAUGUAUGACCUGCCCGCCAUGAUUGACCAUGUGCUGAAGGUCACCGGGUUUCCGAAGUUGCAUUAUGGUGGCCAUUCGCAGGGUUGCACCUCCUUCUUUGUGAUGUGCUCCAUGAGGCCAGCUUACAAUGAGAAGGUGCUCUCCAUGCAGGCAAUGGCACCGGCUGUGUAUGCCAAGGAGACCGAGGAUCAUCCCUAUAUACGAGCCAUCAGUCUUUAUUUUAAUAGCCUUGUGGGCAGUUCCAUACGCGAGAUGUUCAAUGGAGAGUUCCGUUUCCUGUGCCGCAUGACAGAGGAGACAGAGCGGCUGUGCAUUGAGGCAGUCUUUGGAAUCGUGGGUCGUAAUUGGAAUGAGUUUAACAGGAAAAUGUUCCCUGUGAUUCUGGGACACUAUCCCGCCGGAGUGGCUGCCAAGCAGGUGAAGCACUUUAUUCAGAUCAUCAAGAGCGGUCGCUUUGCUCCAUAUAGCUACAGUUCCAACAAGAAUAUGCAAUUGUAUAGGGAACACCUGCCUCCGCGUUACAAUCUCAGCCAGGUGACGGUGCCCACUUUUGUUUACUACUCCACCAAUGACCUACUGUGUCAUCCCCACGAUGUGGAAGCCAUGUGCGAUGACCUGGGCAACGUGACGGGCAAGUAUCUGGUGCCCCAGAAGGAGUUCAACCACAUGGACUUCCUUUGGGCCACAGAUGUGCGAAAGAUGCUCUACCGCAGGAUGCUGCAGGUCCUGGGAAAACUGCCCGAGGAUGCGCCAGAGGAAUCUAAUCGUUCUAGGAGAGGUUUCCGUUUCAGAUAG